UUUGAUGGCGGGUUGAUCUGCUCGAGUCCCGUGCCGUCGGCCUCCUCAUCAGACGUCGCUCCUUCUUCUCAGAUCUGCCCUAUUAUCAUCUCCCUCCCCACAGCAUCCCGAGGAUGUAGUAGAUGCCAGGAAAAUAAAAUAGCGACCAGUGAGCCAAUGCUAACCUUGGAGAUAUGUAGCUAUUGGCGUCCACGGCAGAAGGGUCUCUAGGUGAUGACGUCACUGCCAGUGGGCGGGGCCUUAGGUCUUGCCCUCUUAUUGACCCUUUUUGCUGUAGCGACCACUGUUACCAACAUAAACGGAGAAUGGAGCCCCUGGUCGAACAUGGCGACGCCCUGCACCAAGUCCUGCGGAGGGGGCGUCAACCUGAAAGUUCGCUCCUGCACAAACCCCUCCCCUCAAGGAAGCGGACAGCUUUGCCUCAAGAUGGACCUUGUCAGCCGGGCUGAUAAGGAGUGGAAGUCCUUUGACUGCAAUACGCAGAGCUGUUGGGGGCUGGUGUGGGGUAACUGGGGCAACUGUUCUGUGCACUGCGGGAAGGGCGUCCGCACCAGGUACUCGAUGUGCGGAACUGACGUCUGCAACGGAACUAUGGCCAAGUCACAGAGUGAACCCUGCAACGACUGGAACAAGACUGCCUGCCCGAGUCCAUGCGAGGACAUGACCUGCCCCCAGUUUGGCGUCUGCCAAGACAAAUCAACAGUGCAGGAGCCUAUUGCAAUCUGCGUCUGCACGAUGGGGUAUGAAAUGAAUCCGGACAAAACCUCUUGCAUUCGACCACCCCCCACCACCCCCACCCCAAGGCCCAUACCAACCUUGGCGCCGGAGCAGAAGGUGGUGGCGACGGUGAUCUCCAAAUCAGCCUCCACCCUCAUCAUCAUCAUGGUCAGCAUCACUCUGGGGCUGUUCCUCUUCCUCAGAGUCUUCACGACGGACAGAGUCAUUCAGAUGAACAUGGAGAUCGCUCUCCUGCUGGCCCACAUCCUGCUCAUCCUCCCAGGCAAUGUCAACAAGAUUCCAGUAGCCUGUACGGUCAUAUCCAUCCUGGUCCACUUCUUCUUCACCGCCUGCUUCAUGUUCAUGCUGCUGGAGGCCCUCCACAUGUACUCCCUUGUGGCCUACGUAGUCAAGAAGGACGGGAUGUUCUCCAAGGCCCAAAACGUCCUGGUGGGGUGGGGCAUGGCCGCUUUCGUCGUCUUGGUCUGUAUGGCCUUCCAGCUAGACAACUACGGGGGAGACUAUCACUGCUGGCUGAGGAUGGACACGCCCCUGGUGUACGGACACUUUAUACCGAUCAUUAUCAUCAUCAUAUUGACCUUUGCUCUGAUAGAAGCCGCAGGCGCUGUCAGUUACAAGCCGUUAACGGGAAUGGACAGAACUCAACUCCUGAGCGCGAAGAUCUCCCAGCGAACGAACCUCAUCAUCAUGCCCUUGGUGUUCUCUCAUUGGAUGGUUGGGAUGUUGUCCGAAUACGAGCAAAAUCUGCCCCUGUACGGAACGUUCUCCAUCCUCAAUGGCGUCACAGGGGUUGCUGUGUUCCUCCUUCACAGCUCUAACAACCAGCAGGUUCGAGAAAAACUACGAGGCUGCUACAGAUCGAUGUGCAAAGGAUCUGCCGUGAGCAGAUAAGAAGAUGGCAACAAGAAGAAGUAAGAGAGAAAGAAUGAAAAAAAAAAAACAAUGGAAAUCUUUAGACUGCUAAAGCCAUGACAGUCUGCUAAUGCAUGCCUCUGAAAGAGGGCAACACCUUCGAGAGAAAUUUCCACUGCACCCAGAUCAUCUGACUUUUUUCUUUUUUUAAGGAAUAUGAAGGAGAAGUAGGAGGAGAAGAAGGAUUGGGAAUAAGAUUCGGCUGGAAAUAAUGUUGAGGAAACAGAAAAUAUAGGAAAUAGCACAUAGCUACUCAUGUAGAUCACAGUAGAAACAAUACGUUUGCUAUCUUGAUAGAUCACUUGUGAAAUCAUAUUUACAUAUAUAUAUAUAUAU